UUGACCGGCUACCUCAUCGAGCUUGAACUGUAAAAUCCAAAGCUCUGUUCUCUCGUGGGUCUCUCUAAUCGUGCUUCAACGUGAAGAUCUCAGUCAUCGCGAUAUCAAUUCCGGUGACGAGAGGCGGCAGUUUAGUUCUCAAUUUGGCUUUUGAAAUAUAAGAAUAAGGGUGCCAAAUAUGCCUUCACAGAAGAUUGAAACUGGUCAUGAGGAUGUGGUACAUGAUGUGCAAAUGGACUACUAUGGCAAGCGUGUUGCCACUGCAUCAUCUGAUCAUACGAUUAAGAUAAUUGGGGUGGGCAACAAUACUUCUCAGCACCUCGCAAAGCUGACUGGUCACCAAGGGCCUGUUUGGCAGGUGGCUUGGGCUCACCCCAAGUUUGGUUCUAUUCUUGCAUCAUGUUCCUAUGAUGGUCAUGUCAUAAUAUGGAAGGAGGGUAAUCAAAAUGAGUGGACCAAAGCUCAUGUUUUUGAGGAUCACCAAUCAUCUGUCAACUCAAUUGCUUGGGCUCCUCAUGAACUUGGACUUUGUUUAGCCUGUGGUUCAUCUGAUGGGAAUAUAUCGGUUUUUACUGCACGGCCUGAUGGUGGUUGGGAGACAUCAAGAAUUGAUCAAGCUCAUCCAGUUGGUGUCACUUCCGUGUCAUGGGCCCCAUCAACAGCACCUGGUGCUCUUGUUGGUUCUGGCUUGCUUGAUCAUGUUCAGAAACUUUGCUCAGGGGGGUGCGAUAACACUGUGAAGGUGUGGAAGCUCUACAAUGGAGUUUGGAAGAUGGACUGCUUUCCAGCUCUUCAGAUGCAUACUGAUUGGGUCAGGGAUGUUGCUUGGGCACCCAACUUGGGACUUCCGAAAUCCACUAUAGCAAGUGCCUCGCAGGAUGGGAAGGUUAUAAUAUGGACUGUGGCAAAGGAAGGGGAUAAAUGGGAUGGUAAGGUGCUGCAUGAUUUCAAGGCCCCUGUUUGGAGGGUCACAUGGUCACUGACUGGAAACAUUUUGGCUGUUGCUGAUGGGAACAACAAUGUAACAUUGUGGAAAGAAGCUGUAGAUGGGGAAUGGCAGCAGGUGACAACAGUUGAGCCCUAGAACUCAACUUCAUAAAAUGUUUUUGAACUGUAAUAUUAGAUGGGGCUCAGGAUUAUUUUCUUUACAUAUUUUAGGACUUUUUGAUUUCUUGUGGUGAUGUUGAUUGCGUGUCUGGAUAUUUUGAAGUUUGACUUUUAUACUUCUAUCCAAGGCUUCUGCUUGGAAGAACCAGAGUUUUAGGUUGCGUGCAGGUAAUAUCAUUUUCGAUAGUUUAAUUCUGAAAUCAUUGAUAUAA